GUCUCUUCAGACAGGACUACAAAGUGGCAAAUUUAAAAUGUCAGCUUCAACUGAUAUAGGAGUGUUGAACUCCUACAACUACAGGACACGACGCGAAUAUUUAACAAAGCUGCGGGUUAACAAACGGGACCUUUCCAGGAGCCGCGACCAGUUUCCCUCCGGUACUCAUUCACCGCCGCAACCACCGGCUUGUAACGGUGCAGCCACGAUCGGCUUUCGGAGGGGAAACAUCAUCCGCCGGGAGCAGCGCGAGUGUUCGGCAGCUCGGGCGGGUCGCGGAGCGAUGCCGAGCGCCUGUCUGCCCUCCUGGGAGCUCAGUUUCUACCUCGCCAUCACAGUCGGAUUUCACUUUUACUCCUUCCAUGAAGUGUACCAACUCUCCAGAAAUUAUGAAGAAGAACUUGAUGCUGAAUUUGGAUUUGAAAAAGGAUUCUUUAUUUGGGGUUUUAAGAAGGACCCAACAGACUUUGAAUGGAGCUUUUGGACAGAGUGGACAAAGAACUUGCUGGUGUGGACUCUGCUUGGUCAUAUAAUUGUAUCACAAGUGACCAUAGCCUUUUUUCCAAAGUUUAGGAUGUGGUUGCUGAUGAUGUAUGGGAUGUUGGCCUGCUUCCUUACAAUGGGCUUCAAAGGCCUGCUAGUAAUAUUAUUGCAUGUGUUCAUCUCCUAUGUGGUGGCCCAGCUGCAAGUGCCUGUAUUAUCCUGGCUAUGUUCAAUAUUACUACUAUACAGCUUACAAAUGGACUCUCUUGGAAAAAUUGAGAAAAGCUGGUAUGAGACAGAGAAUGAAUACUUCCUGCUUUUAUUCUGCUUGGCUCUUUGCAAUCUGCGAUACACAAGUUUCAGUUUAGAGUACUGCUGGUACUAUGAUGGACCUCGAAGGCUUGGUGUAUCCUUCUGCUGGCUGUUGGCAUAUAUAUUCUAUUAUCCUAUAUUUCACAAUGGACCCAUCAUAUGCUACGAUGACUUCAUUAAUCAGAUGAGAAAACCAAAGGUGUCAGUUCCCAAAAAAGACCUUGCAUGUUUGUUGCUGAGUGGAGUGCGCAUUUUGUUCUGGUGGUGUCUGACAGAGUCCAUGCUUCAACUCAUGUAUAUUCAUGCAAUUCAGCAGCAAGAAACAAUAUUGGAAUCUGCCUCUUACUGGACUUUAGGUGGCCUUGGUUUUGCUCAUACUUUAUUUUUCUAUAUGAAAUAUCUGCUGUUUUAUGGCAUUCCAUCAAUUAUCAUGCAUUUGGAUGGAAUUGAACCACCAAGAUUGCCAAGGUGUACCAGUAGUUUGUACAGUUUUACAGGAACAUGGAGGGAGUUUGAUGUUGGAUUACACCGUUGGUUGGUAAGGUAUAUUUAUAUUCCUUUGGGAGGUUCACGGCAUGGCAUACUACGGAUCAUGUUCUCUUCUGCCGUGGCCUUUAGCUUUGUCUGCUACUGGCAUGGUGGCCAUAGCUUCAUGCUAAAUUGGGCAGCUUUGAAUUGGGCUGGAGUAAUGUUAGAAAGCAUACUGAAGAUGAUCUGUUCCAUUUCACCUGUUCAGGAGAUUAUUGAACAGUCCUUGUCAGUCAGAAUGCAGCGUCGGGCUCAUGCUGCUUUAGCGAGUGUUGCCACAACUCUGCUCAUUUUAUCCAACCUGGUGUUUCUCUGUGGGAAUCGAGUAGGAUACAUCUAUUGGAACAGAAUGAUUUUACAAGGAGACCUCAAGCUGCCUGCUUUCGCCGCCACCACAGAUGCCAAGAGACCUCCCUCACUGCUGCAUUGGGCUCAAUCAAAGCCCCGGUCCAAGCCCCCAGCCGCUGCCAUGCACCAGACCUCGAGCCGAUCAACAAGGUCAUGAUUCAGGUCCCCAGCCGUUGCCAUACUCCUGACUGCAACAAGGUGCAAUGCUGCUGACCACCAAAGUCCCUGCUCUGGGCCCUGAGCUGUUGCCACACUCCAGACCUGACAAAGCUGCGAUACCAUUGUCAAAGCUGCCUCCACAACUGAGCUCUCUCCAGAAGGUAAGUAAGUAGAAAAAAACAUUUAAGAAAAGAAGAAAAAAGGCAAAAAAAAAAGAGAAAAAGCAGUGUAUGGAGUGGAUGAACCUACUCCGCUACAACCAUCUCAAUAAAUCACUCCAAGCUUCUAAUGGAUCACUGCUCAUUGUUUCAUUGAGUUAGAACAUACAGCAGCCAUUAAAGGCCUCAGACUACUUCAUCUGUCUGAGUAUUUCCAAAAUAACUUUCUGCAGUAAGACCAACUUUGGUGAUGUAAUUUCUCCACCUCACUCAGAUAUAUCUUGCAGUUUCUUAAAUUGUUGCAGGUUCCUUCUCUUUGACCAGUAGACAAGCCUCCCUUCUGUUAAGCAACUAAAAGAGAUAAAAACCAUUUCCUUCCUUCAGACAGCAAGAGCUGCUGUUCUGUAUCUGCCAGUCUCUCGCUCUUUGUGUUCCUGUUUAAAAUCCUGGGACUGGAAGUCUGCAAUAUCAAGGACAUCUGCCUCUGUUACUGUUUCCAGAUAUUAAAUCACAACUGUGUCUUUCAGUAACGUAUAGCCUUGACCCAUAAUGGCCUCUAAGCCAUGCAGGUAGGUUAUUGUGCAGAACCUUGUAGC